UGGCGCGAUUUUAAUCGAAAUGCCACGAUACGAUACGAGACGUGCAGGCGCAUGCGUGCUGGACUGCUGGUGUGAACGCGUGUGCGCGUAAUGGCGGACGGCAGCAAAAAGUUGUUUGGCGGUUUGUCGGCAUAUCUAUCGACUUUUGGAGGGAGAGAUUUUACUGGACAUACAAACCGCAUUUUAAAUUUUUUGUUCAUUUAUUCUCUUGCAACUAAUUGGAAUUUUUGUGGCAAACGAGGUGAGAAAAAGGCUUUUAAAAACUUAAACGUAAAGGAUGUGAUUAUUGGUGCUGUAAGAAAAAGCUCCCCUCUAGUCAGUCAGAAAGAAAUAGAAGAUACCAUCAAGGUGUGGUUGAAACAUGCACCAGAGAAAUUGAAAAAGCAGCAGCAUGGCAACCCGUAAGAAAAAAAGUGUUGUUAGUCAAAGACAACUCUACAGAAGGAUGGCAGAAGCAAAUUUAGCACCUGUGAGUCAGAAUUGUUAUAAUACAUCUUUAAUAGUUAAUAAUGAUUCCAAUGAAUCAUCAAAUUCCGUUUUUUUUUGCUGGUUCAAUGUGUGAAAGUGAAAAUGACACCUGUUCCUCAAGAGAUUUAGAUUUUAAUGUAAACUCGCCUAAUGAAAAUUUGCUCUUCAAUGAUGCGACGUUAUACAACCAUUUGACUUCCUAUUCCAGUAACGUGCCCCCUAACGAUUUAUUUUCUAAUGAACCGCCGCCUAGCGAUUUGCAUUCGAAAUUGUCAAACUGGGCAGCUUCAAGGUACGUUCGACGUACAGUAGUUACUCAUCUCUUGCAUUAUCUCCACCAUUUAAAAUCGUUAGUUCAGUCUCCGAAUAAACCGUUACAACAGAUUAAUAGACGCUUAAAAGAAAUUGAAAUGACAGUGUACGAAAAACAUGACUCUACUUCACCUGAUGAUGAACACUUCUGUAAAUGUGAAUUGUCCCAUUUCUUAGGACCAACGCCAAAUUUCUCUUGCAAGCAGUAUAAAAAGCUUCAUUAUAAAGAUUUUAUUUUUUCUAUUGCAUCAUAUUCAGAAGCAAAUUGUUUUUGUCUUACCUUAGAAGGACUGGUUUUCAAAAUAGAAAAUGUAGUGGAUAAUAAUGGAGCAGUUUUUAUAUUAGGUAGGAGGUUUCAGGAUUACCGUUCAUUUUACAAAUACCCUGUCGACUCAAAAGAAUUUAUCCAAAAUUUAUCAGAGUAUAUCGAGUUAUUGCACUGCCACAAAGUUUUUUCGAAAUGUAUUGUUUUUCCUUUCAAGCAGGAAUGGUUGUCAUUUUCAUUAUUGCAUCAUUAGUAAUUCCUUAUUUCAACUUUUAUGUUCUAUAAGUGUAAUAGUAUGUAGUUUUUUAAGAUUUUGUAAUAAACUGGUAUUAAUUUGAA